GCGAGAACGAGCGAGAGAAAGAGAGAGAGAGAGAAAGAGAUAGAGAGAGAGAAAAAGAGAGAGAGAGAACGCGGUGGCCUGGCGCAUCGCUCACGGGCGGUCUCACGCGCGAUACCAAAGUCGCAAUCGUUCGUCGCGUCGCAAAUCCGCGACUCGCGCCGCUCGCCUCGCGCAUUUCUCCGCCGAACCUUGCCUGUGAGCCUCGUCCGCGUCUCGCAAGUCGCAGCAUCGUCGGUCGUGUCGUGGUGAUUCCGUGAGAAAAAGGACGCGCGCGCGCGCUCCGGCAUAUCGUCGCCGUCGUCGCCGUUGUGUUCGGCCGUUCGUUACACGGCGGCGGCCACACUCGACCGAAGAACGAACGAGUGACUCUCUUCGCUCGUUCGCUCGGGACUCGCCGGGCGUUCUGUGUAGUGCGAUCGCGCGAGCCGACGACAAGAGAGAAGAGAAGAGAGAGCCGAGGCGGUCAGGAUUAUGGCACAGCCGACGAGCAGCGCGUUACGGGCGCUAGCCCUCGAGUACAAGAGCCUGCAGGAGGAGCCCGUCGAGGGCUUCCGCGUCAAGCUCGUCAACGAGGACAACAUGUUCGAGUGGGAAGUCGCGAUCUUCGGCCCGCCCGACACGCUCUACCAGGGCGGUUAUUUCAAGGCACACAUGAAGUUCCCGCCGGAUUAUCCGUACAGUCCACCAAGCAUUCGUUUCAUGACAAAAGUUUGGCACCCGAAUGUAUAUGAGAACGGCGACCUGUGUAUAUCAAUUCUGCAUCCACCCGUAGACGACCCACAGAGUGGCGAGCUGCCCUGCGAAAGGUGGAAUCCAACGCAAAAUGUCAGGACCAUCCUCUUAUCGGUAAUCUCGUUGCUGAACGAACCCAACACAUACAGCCCUGCCAAUGUCGACGCCUCCGUGAUGUACAGACGCUGGCGUGACUCCAAAGGCAGAGACAAAGAAUAUGAAAAUAUCAUAAGGAAACAAGCCCAAGCUGCCAAGAUGGAAGCCGAAAAGGAGGGUAUCGUCGUGCCCGUGACAUUGGAAGAUUACUGCAUAAAGACUCGGGCUAGGCCGGCCGAGCAGCAGCUAGAUAUGACGGAUUUCUACGACGAUGAAUAUGAGUUGGACGACGACGAGGACGAGCAACUGAGCGCGACCGACUACGAGGACGGCGAUGACAGUGGCAACGGAGAAUCGUGAUCCAUCUCUUAGAUGAUAAUGCAUAAAGAGAAACUUGAGACGCUGAAUAUUAUCAGUUCUGUAUAGAUUAAUAAAUUAAUGAGCUUCUAAACCGGACGCUCUCUCUCUCUCUCUCUCUCUCUCUCUCUCUCUCUCUCUCUCUCUCUUUUUUUCUCUUUCUCUUUCUCUGUCUAUCUAUCUAUCUCUUUCUAUCUCUCUUCUUCUUCCGUCUCUUUGGACGUGCUACUGAAAUUUGAAGUGAGCGUUUCUUUGCUCAAAGAGCCGAUACGCCACGGGUAAUUGGAUUAGAAUCGCGUACGUCUUUAGAAGCCAUUGUCAAUUAUCACACGCGCUUCUACCUGAAUGAAUCAAUUGCAAUCUGUUUGUUACAGUCACAUGUUCCUUCUUCCGUCGGGAAGUAACGAUGAGAAAGCGUCCUUUGUCACUCCCGCCAUCCGUGUGUCCUGCGUAUACCGCGCGUAUUUCCGCGAUCUACGAGAUUUCAUUGCGCGAAGUAAUGUAAAACCGCCGUCCGCUCGACGACGGUUCACGCAACGGGACUGCGGCUUUUUAAACGGAGAAAUUCGAGCGUUAUCGUCCAACGACGGACAACUGUGUGUGAGGGUUGAUGAUCAUCACAUUGUAUGAAAUUGCCGAGAAUUCCGUGUUUACAAGCUCUUUAACUUAAGCAAUAUGCUACGGUAUGCGUAUAAAAAAAAAAAAAGUACUUCGAUAGGAGCACUGUGCUUGUUGUGUUGUGGCUGGCACCUCGAUCUUUCAAACCAGGACCAAUUGAUUUACCUAGCAGGGACUAACGUUCGAUAAAGACGAUCAUAAUGUAAGUAAACACGAUGAUUGACUUUGUAUUGGGCAGUCUAGUUUCACGUCAUGUUCAAAGUUGUAAGUGUGUGGGUACGUCAAUUGAUCCUAAAGCGCAAAUAUACCUAUCACUGUGAAAUUUGCAUUGAAUAACAGAAAAUCGCGUUGUUUUGUUUUAUAAUUAUUUAUAUUGUAACACCGCGAGCCCGCAUUGGAAGGAGAAUUCGACGUAGAGAUAAGGGAAAAGAAGUAAAAACGCGCGCUGCCGCAGAAGACCCGCUCGAGAGAGAGAGAGAGAGAGAGAGAGAGAGAGAGAGAGAGAGAGAGAGAGAGAGAGAGAGAGAGAGAAAGAGAAGAGAGAACAAAAUCAAGAUUAUCACACACAGCGAAUCAUGCCAUCAUCACACGCGGGAGAAAAUAUGAGUCGUCGAUAUCGAUAUCGCGAAUUGCAAUUACUCGUCCACGUAUGUGCACAGAGUCGUAUACCGUAUCGGCAUAUUUUUCUCGGCAGUAGCUUCACGUCCGGGUUAGAAAAGCGGUAAUCGCACGAUCAAUGUUAAUCGCUGCUUCGCGGGUCUUCGACGGCGGACGCAAUCAUAGUUUUUAGAGUUAUUAGACACAUGUAACUUUUGGUACAAAUAUCCUAAUUUUGACUGUUAACAACACUAAAUGUUUCCCGAGAGAAGCAACGGAAGCAACGUGUGAGAGAAAGAGAAAAAACUUAUACGCGCAUAACGUUACAGCCACAAAGUUAGUUUAGCCUGUAACUUUCGUUAAGAUCUCUUCGCAUUAAGUAUAUCCUUCACGACGAGGGAAUAAUGCUUUUCGGAGACGGUUCGGUUAAGGUCGCGGUUAAGAAAAAAAAGAUACAAAACAAAAAAGUGACUACUUAAGUGGAAGGUAUAUCCGGAUACAGCUAAUCGACUCUGUGGUAGUGUAUCUGUGCUCGUAUGACUGAAAUUGUAAAUAGUAAACGAAACUCAAUUUUAAAGAUACGAGAUGUAUAAGUGGGUACUUCUACUUAUUUCUUUAUUAGCCAUUUCAUUGAGAGACCAAAAUUGAGUGUUGAAAGUGUUUCAUAAACGGUAAAGGGCGAGAGGACAUUUAAAUUCCACAAUAGCGUCUAAAAAAAAAAAAA